GCAACGUGUCUCUACCAACAUUUUCAUAUCAGAAUAUUUCCUGACGAGCUGAAGAAAAGGCAAAGAUGAGUCUCAGUGCAAAGGACAAGUCCCUGGUGACCGCUUUCUGGAAUAAAAUGGCCCCGAAGGCCUCUGAGAUGGGAGGCGAUUCUCUGACCAGGAUGCUGGCCGCCUACCCCCAGACUAAGGUUUACUUCACCCGCUUCACCGAUCUCGGUCCUAACUCCCCACAAGUGAAGAAGCACGGUGCCAGAAUGAUGAACGCUGUCGGAGACGCCGUGUCAAAGAUCGACGACCUUGUCGGAGGCCUGGCCGAGCUGGGAGAGCUGCACGCUCUGAAGCUGAGGCUGGACCCUGCCAACCACAAGACCCUCUUCCACAACAUGAUGCUGGUGAUGGCUGUCUACUUCCCCAAUGACUUCACUCCAGAGGUCCACGUCUCCAUGGACAAGUUCCUGCAGCAGGUCGCCCUGGCUCUGUCCGAGAAAUACCGAUAAAUCCAGAGGAGGAGGACAUCCAGCCUCAUCAUAUCCACAAGCCGCUUUAAUACUGAAGGGUCUGGUCAAUAAAAUGAAUAAAGAAAGACUUUGUCUUUCAUUUGAAGUUUUCCAGUUCAA